AUGAAGAAUAUCUCGAGCCAUUUUUGCAGCAUGUCUGCCAGCCCUUCCUCCACGACUGGUGGCGACACCAAGCCGUCGGAUCAAAUUCACUUCAAGUUUUGCCGUGAAUGCUCCAACCUGCUGUACCCCAAGGAGGAUCGAGUGAACAACCAGUUGAUGUUUACCUGCCGUACCUGCCAUGUUGGCGAGCCUGCCUCCUCCCACUGUGUUUACCAGAACCACCUUCAUAGCCAAGUCGGUGACACCGCCGGUGUUACUCAGGAUGUGACUUCUGACCCCACGGUUUGUGCUCCUGCUUUUUGUACUCUUUGCGGUGACAUCCUUACUUGCUUUAUUUGCGGUCCCACCCCCAACGAGGAUCUCCUCGAGGAUGCGCCGCCUGUGGGUGACAGCCUGGAGUCCUCUGAAGUCGAGCCCCGGGCAGACGCCCCCCGCUCUCUUCCACGGGCCAACAAGCUCUGUCCAAGCUGCGGCGAAACCGAAGCCGUCUUCUUCCAGUCACAACAACGAUCCGCCGAAACCGGCAUGAAACUCUACUACGUCUGUUGUGCGUGCGGUCAAGUCUACAUGUGA